ACAAAAAAUUUUUCUUCUUAAUUUAAUCAUGUGGAACUUUUUUUUUGGUUAGAGAAAAAAUACAUUUUUAAGUAACUGAAAGAAUUUUUCACAAAUUCUUUAUUUACAUAAUUUUUUUCCGUGCGUAUGCAAGAAAUUUUUUGGUGCGAUGCUUUGUAAGAUUCAUAAAUGUGAAGAAAAAUUCACUUAGCAAGACGUUAUUUAGGAAAACCGGUUGGGCACGAAAGCCAUGAGCUGUUUGCUAUAUUAUCAAGUACUCAAGUCUGCAAGGUCAGACUACAAUUUAUUUUGUGGACCAUUUCUAAAAUUGCAUUUUAUGUAAAAGUAUUUCCUCUCAUACUAUUUUGGCAUUAAAAGGUAAUUGAGCAUAAAAAUUAAAAUUGGGUGAAAAAUUUCUUUAAUUAAAAUAAAAUUACUCUUAUUGUAAGUAGAGUGGUGCUAAAAUAAGACAAUUAUAAAUUAAUUGGAAGAUAAGAAUUUUAAACAUUUCAACCUAGAGUUUGGACCAAAAAGCGAGAAUUUUUUAUUGUGUUUCGGAGUUGGAUAUUUUACAGAUGAUGAUGUCCCGGGUGAUGUUACUGAUGAUUUACGGGGUCAUUGUGUAGAAAUUAAUUAACUGAAAUGAUUUAUUAAAUUUAAAUAUACAUUCUUAACAAAUGGAAGAUUUAAAAUACAAAGUUUGCAAUACUUAAUUACUCCUCGUCGAAUUGGAGAAUAAUUUAUAAAGUAAUAAGUGACUAGGGUUCGUGAAAGCAGAGCCUGUCUGCAUACAACAUAUCUUUAUGAAAGGCCUGUAAUUUCUUUAGUAACAUUGCGAACGCCUUACUUUAUACAUCUCGAAAUUAUUCCAUUUCGUUACAUUUAAAUUUUCAAUUAAUUUGAAUUUAUUUAGUGGAACUUUGAAUAAUAUUUUACCGGAUCCUAGAAACGUAACAUUAACAAAAAAAAAGAAAGAGAAUAAUAAUGACGAAAACACAAUUAGUUUUGGUGCAAAUAGUGUUUUUCGUGACAAUUGCCUUUGUUCAGGGUCGUCAAAAUUAUCACGUCAUUUAUCAAUGGAAUUUUAUUGAACCCGAGUGGCCAAAUCCGGAAACAGGCGAAAAAUCAUUAAACAAUGGAAGUUACAUACCAGAGAACAAUAUAAUAACCGGCAUUAAAUUGUGGAGGGACCAACUCUAUUUAUCUGUUCCGCGACUAAAGUCUGGUGUUCCAGCGACAUUGACAAUGAUAUCAUCAAUUCCAGAACAAAGGCCCAUUGAAACUGAAAGUGGUCUUCAAAAUUUGAACAUUGUGAGUCCAAAAUUAAAACCAUUUCCAAAUUGGCGAAUGCAACGAUUGGGUGAUUGUGAGGCUCUUCAAUCAGUUCAGAGUAUGGAAAUUGAUCCUAUGGGUCGAAUGUGGCUUAUCGAUAAUGGAAGAACGGAUAUUUUUACCAACAAGGCAAAUAAUACUUGUCCACCGAGACUUGUUAUUCUUGAUCUUAAUGCCGAAGGUACUUUAUUGAAGAAGUACAUUUUUCCGAAACAUGUCGCGGAUUAUAAUUCGGUUUUUCUGAAUGAUAUUGUUCUCGAUCAUGAACACGGCGGUUUUGCCUACAUUACCGAUAGUGGAUCCAAAGAUCCUGGUCUUAUUGUUUACUCAUUGGCAACUAAUUUAUCGUGGAAAAUUCGUCACGAGACAAUGAAAAAUAAAAAUGAUACAAUGAAUUUUAGCAACGGCAUUGAUGGUAUUGCUCUAUCACAAUCGAGUAGAUAUGACAGAAUGGUUUAUUAUUCAUCAACUUUGUCAUUAAAUGUUUAUUCAAUACCAACAGGGGUGCUCAAAAGUGGACUAACUAAUGUCAAUGAUUUUGUGAAACUAGUUAUUCGUAAAAAGUCACCAUCAUCAGGAAUGAUAAUGACAUCAUCUGGUAGAUUAAUUUACGGUUUAUUGGCAAAUAAUUCUGUAGUGUAUUUAAAUAAAUUUUCAUCAAAUCUACCACAAUUUAUUGUAUCGGACUUAGUGGAUAAUAAUGGUAAUAAUAAUGAGGUGACAAUUUUGGCACAUGACGAUAAUAUUCUUCAGUGGCCCGAUAGUUUUGCUAUUGAUGACGAUAAUUAUUUAUGGUGUAUUGCGAAUAAUUGGCAAAAUUUUCUGUCUAAUAAUAUUCAUUUAAAUUCGACAAAUUUUAGAGUGAUUAAAUUUUUAUUUAGAGGAAGAAAUUAUCAGUAUUUUGAUGAUGGUAGUACUCCUAUUGUGCCUCUGUCACAAUUUUCUUCUUCCAGUAGUUCUUUGUAUGGAAUACCAGUAUCGAUUAGGUUAAAUGAUGGUACAUUUCCGAUUGUCAAUGGAGAUUUUUGAAAUAAAAAAAAUUUGAUAAUUCU